GCGCGCGGGCAGCACGCACGAUCAGCGGUCACGCGACGCGGGAAAACGGCCCAGCUGAUGUUGACAGGCGCGUGCCGAUCGCUUCUCGGAACCUCGCCUAAGACACUUCGGACGGUCCCGCACGAUAAGUGACUCACAAAAAUGUCGAAAGUUAAGUUUAAACAGUCAAGGCUGGAUAGUGAUUCUCAUUGAGGAAAAUUUACACCCGCGUAAACAAAUGCAAUUCGACUGACUAGAUAACUCAUGAUCUCGAGUAGGACUAAGUGAAACCGAAAGUGAAGGACAAAGUGGAAAAAAAUUGGACCACAGCCAGAUGUGUGGCGGUUUUGUGAUUUACAAUAAAUUACUCAUCGCGUCGUAAACAAGAGAAAGUAUUAUUAGCGUCGGUGGCAAAACGCCGUUCUUUGUGUUGAAGUAAAAAAAAAUCGUAACUGAAACAUUGCGCGACAAAGUUUUGACGUGUGAAGCACGGUGGUGUCAUGCGUUGAAGGAUGCACUUGCCGUAUGAGUCCAGGAGCCGGCGGCGCCGAGAGAUGGAGUGGGAACCGGACUGGAUACAGAGCAUCCUCGAGGAAACGUUACAGGAGCACCCUGAUCUCGUUGUUUGCAGUUCGCACGGGCAGCCCCGACUACAUGUGUUCCAUGCUGCCUCAGCACUGGCGCUCCAACAAGACGCUGCCGGGAGGGUUCAAGGUGGUGGCACUGGGAGACGUGCUGGAUGGCACCCAGGUGACAGUCAGAGCGGGCAACGACGAGAACGUGUCAGCCGAGUUACGGAAUAACACUGCGGUGAUGAAGAAUAGGGUCGCCAAAUUCAAUGAUCUGAGGUUCGUCGGGAGAAGUGGAAGAGGGAAGAGUUUCUCUCUUACGAUUACGAUAUCGACGAGUCCGCCGCAGGUGACGACAUACCAAAAAGCCAUCAAGGUCACCGUGGACGGACCACGGGAGCCGAGAUCUAAAACUAGUACAAAUACCUCAAGCCACCAAAUUCGGUCGAUAAGUUACCAGCGGCCGUUCAUCUCUCCGAGUUCUUCCAUGCUGCUCCGGGAUAUGGAGUACAAAUCCUCCACGAGAAGCAUCAGAUCUCUCUCACAUGAGGAAAGAGAGUAUAAAACGAACGCGAACAUCCCUAGCGAUGAAAACAGCGGUAUCCUGGGCGCGAGCGAGUGGAACACGGGCUACCCGGCGUACAGCGGGUACGCGCCGUUACAGACCUACUACAAGCCCGACACCUCCAUAUCUAUACCACCAGUUCUACCCGACCUGCCGCUCGGGCACGCGGACUACGGCUACCAAGCCUCCAGCUACAAAGCCAACACCAUCACCGAUCUCAACACCCCGCAGCGAUACGACCCCAACUACUACAACUGGCAGUCCAACUACAGCACCUAUCAGUACAACAACAUCAACAACAAUCCACCUGCCUGCAUCCAGUCCACACCUUACCCUAUCCUCGGCAGCAUGUAUUCCACUGUCAACCAGAACCAAAUCCACGUACAUGUCCACAGCCGGGAUUACAACGCCGAUCAGUAUCUGCCCAGCGAGAUUAAGAUCAGUGAUAUCGAUGGGGGUAUAUCUAUAACGACGGAGGUGCCAGGGACUAGUGAAGUCAGUGGACUGAUACAGAACUGCGACCCACAUGAGGACGUCAAACACAUGAACUACAGCAGCCAGGAGGUCUGGCGCCCGGCGUUCUCUUAACUGGUCGUGCCUCGUAAAAUAGUUCGAGAAUCCAAAAUAGAUACAUAGUGCUAAUUUUAAUUGCAUUCGCAGUGGUGUAACUAUACCUUCUAGGGUCAGUGGCAAGUUGAUGGGGCCUCAUUAGUAAAAUUGUGAAAGUAAUAAUAAAACAUGUACUAUCAACGUAUAGAAAUAUUUCUGAGCGCGAGGCCUCUUGUGUUGGGGUCCUCUUGGGUCGGGGGCCCGUGGCAUUUCGCCAGCCCUGCCAUGCCACCCAAUUGUUUCGCGACUGUGCAUUCAAUAGUUUCGACGGGCGGUGAAGUCAAGAAUGUUUUUGAUUUGACAUCUAAUUUUGCUAUCGAAACUAGCGAAUGUAAUUUGACUAAGCACUCAGGGGUUCGACUGUCAUACUUCGAGUGUCGCAAUCGCAGCCUUCCUCACAUGCUUUCACAAGAGAGUGCUUAAAAUAAAAACGACUGCGAAGUUAGAGAAUCGGACCCCAAGAUCGUUCAAAGUCGUUUUACCCACGAAUUUCUAUGAGCGUGGUCGAUGUGUAUUGAUGAAAUGGCCGUUUAGAAGACUUCCUAACGCAAUGUAAUCAAACAUGGCCGGCCUCCAUACAAACGGACGUACUUACUUACGUUUGUAGAGGCCUUCAAUGCACAUCGUAAGGUCCUCACAGACUCAGGGGUAAUAAAACUAUGAACAGUCUACACUUACGAGAAUUGCUCCACUUUGUACAUAUUGUGAUAUAAUUAAACGUUAAUUGUACAAAAUAUUAAAUAUUAAUUAACGAUUAAUGUUAAACAUUAAUGCUAAGUGUUGUUAAAUGUAAUUCAUUAAAU